CAGUAAACCUGUUCUGCACCUUCUACAAAGUCUCAACGUCCGAACAGCAAAUUCACAAUUGAUCCUGUGCAUCUUAAUCUUCUGGAUGAGCCUCCCAUGAGGGACCUUAUCAAAAUCCAUGUAGACAACAUCCACAGCUUUACUUCUGUGAAUCACCCUCAUCACCUUGUCAAAAAAUUGAAUCAAGUUAAUAAGGCACAAUUUGCCCCUCAUAAAGCCAUGCUGGCUCUCCUUAAUUAGGCCAUGAUUUUCCAAAUGCUCAUAAAUUCUAUCCCUAAAAAUUCCUGCAGUAAUUUCCAUACCGUUGAUGUGAGACUCACCAAUCCAUAGUUUCCAGGACUAUCCCUAAUUCCCUUCUUGAACAACACGGCAAUAUUAAGGGUUCAAAUGUUCAUUUAUUAUCAAAGUUUACAACUCUGAAAUUCUUCUCCAGGUAGUCAUGAAACCAAGAAAGAAAAGAACAGCAGCAAGAUGAUCAACCCCCAAAUCCCUCCUCCCCUCACAAAAAACUAAGAAAAAUGGAACAGGCAUAUCGACCCCUAAAUCCCCCUCCCACACACACAAAAAAAACAAGAAUGAUCAGGUGAAAAACAUAGUAUAUUUAAAAACUGUAAGUCUGGGGAGAAAGAAGUAUGGUCCAAGUCCAAAUCCAAAGCAUAACAUUCUCCGGGCACAGCAGCAUCCCUCUCCAUAGCAGAGCAAUCCCACCAGUGAUCAAAAGGUAGUCUCCCCUCUCUGUAGCAGAACAAUUUCCCCCAAUGAUCAAAAGGCAAGCAGGUGACACUUAUCUACUGCAUUCGCCUCGAUGUUUCAAUCUCCCUUGUUGCCUUAAUCAGUGUACAAUGGAAACUUUAAUUUCUGAAAUGGAGUUGAACAUGGGCUUGCCACGAGAUUUGCUCUUCCUGCCUCCCGGCAUCCUCUCAAAGACUGCAGAGCGCUGGAACGCCCAAACGAUCUUCAAACAGCAAAUCACAGGUCGUAUCUACUUCUUCAAUCAUAUAACUAAUAAGAGCCAAUGGGAACGUCCCAAAGCGAGUGGGAACUGCAGUUCUGUUGAGCCUGACAAAGUCCGGUGCUCGCACCUCUUGGUGAAGCACAACCAGUCGCGACGACCAUCCUCCUGGAGACAGGAGGAGAUCACACGCAGUAAAGAGGAGGCAUUGGAAACAUUGAAUGAGUACAUCCAAAUGAUCAAAUCUGGAGAUGCAUCAUUUGAAAGCUUAGCAUCCAAAUACAGUGAUUGUAGCUCUGCAAGAGAAGGUGGGGAUCUAGGCUACUUUGGCAAAGGUCAAAUGCAGAGGCCAUUUGAGGAAGCCUCAUAUUCGCUGAAGAUUGGAGAAAUGAGUAAUCCAGUUUUUACGGAUUCUGGUAUCCAUAUCAUACUCCGUACUGCUUAAGGUGCCUCCUUGGGUUUGUCUUUGCAGAGUGAAUCACCCAGCCACUACUGAAGACCUUUAUGGAAACAUUCACCCACUUUGCAUCAUAUAUUCUGGUCUCCCUAGUAGUUAACAAUUUUGUCUUCGGCCAUUUGUCCAGCACGCUUGCAGGCACUCGGGACGGCAGAGGGAGGAAUUGACCUUAACGAUAAUAGAAAAUGAAUCUUUACGAUAAUGCUGUAUUCAGCAGUCCAGUCAUUGAUCCAAUAUGUAGGGUGACUGUGAGUUAGUGCCAGUCUGAGCUGUACUGCCGUUACACUGUUGUAGCUUCUGCUAUACAUUGUAUUAAAGACAAUUUAAAUUUUAUUGAAGUAAUGCAGGCUUAAUUUAGACAAAACUAAUGUUUAUUUU